CAUCAUGUUUACAGACGAGGAAGAAGUGUCAUGGCGGCUCACUGAUCCUGCACUGGAAGAUGCUUGCCCUUUCACAUUAUCGAGUGUUUCAGGCAGCGCUGUCAAAACAUGGAAUCUUGUCAAACAUUCCAGCAAAAUGUUUCCAAAGUCUGUCCACCGUUCAACAAGAGAACAAAUUAAAUGAUAUGCCCAUUAAAAUGGAAAACCCAUAUAAACAACCACAGAAAGGCUGUAUCCUGUGCAGCGUGACAGUGGAUUAUAAAAACAUCCAGUUGCUGUCGCAGUUCAUCUCACCACACACGGGCAGGAUAUACGGCCGGCACAUCACAGGUUUGUGUGGUCGCAAACAGAAAGAGGUGACAAAAGCCAUCAAGAGAGCUCGCUCAAUGGGUUUCAUGUCAGUAACACUGAAAGAUCCACAGUUUAUCAAAGACCCCAACGUUUGUGACAUCCGACACAUGGAGUAGCAAGAGAACAUCAUAAUUAUGCUUUACUAAUGAACCCAAUAAAAACCUCAGUGUA